UCAGCACAAGAGCCCCUCUAUAAAACGUUGUAUUCAUUGCGCGAAUGUUAUAGCACUUCAUUGGAAGCAGACCUGAUCAGAGAAAAGAAGCAUAUUAAAGAGCAUUAAAGAGCUGGACAUUGCGAGCUGAGCUCUGCUUUAAAGAGUUUCUUUCUUCUGAGGUGUUUUCUCCCUGAGGCAAAUAAAAAAUGGUGCUGGGAGAUAUCCCAUUUUUUGGCCCUAUCUCGGUGUCAGAGAGUCUCGUGGCCAUUAUAACAAUAUGCACAGUGUAUCUCCUCCUGUGGGUCACUCGUACCAAAAUCCCUGAAGGGCUGCAGCCACUUCCAGGCCCGAAACCUCUCCCUCUCAUUGGAAACGUGCUGGAAUUGGGACGCAACCCCCACCUGAGUUUGAUGGCCAUGAGCAAGCGAUUCGGCCCAGUUUUCCAGGUCCAGAUCGGCACACGUCCAGUGGCAGUGCUGGGCGGUAAUGAGGUGGUACGCCAGGCCCUGAUCAAGCAGGGCGAAGAGUUCGCCGGACGUCCUGACCUCUACAGCUUCCGCUUCAUCAGUGGUGGGAAGAGUCUGGCAUUCAGCACAGACCAGGCAGGUGUAUGGCGCACACGUCGCAAGCUCGCCCAUAAUGCUCUGCGCUCAUUUGCUACAAUCGAGGGUCAGAGUGCUGAGUACUCCUGCGCCCUGGAGGAACACAUCAGCAAAGAGGGCCUGUACCUGAUCGAGAGGCUGCGCAGCGUCAUGGAGGCCAACGGCGGAUUCGACCCUUUCCGUCACAUCGUGGUGUCCGUGGCUAACGUGAUCUGCGGCAUGUGCUUCGGCCGCCGCUACAGCCACGACGACCACGAGCUGGUGAACCUGGUGAACAUGAGCGACGAGUUCAACCAAGUGGUGGGCAGCGGAAACCCGUCCGACUUCAUUCCAUUCCUGCGCCUCCUGCCUAGCAGGAGCAUGAAGAAGUUCCUGGACAUCAACAGGCGCUUUAGCGUGUUCUUGCAGAAGAUUGUGAAAGAGCAUUACGACACAUACGAUAAGGACAACAUUCGUGAUAUCACAGACUCGCUCAUUGAUCACUGUGAGGACAGGAGGCUGGACGAGAACUCAAAUCUGCAGGUGUCUGAUGAGAAGAUAGUGGGAAUUGUGAAUGACCUCUUUGGAGCCGGUUUCGACACCAUCAGCACAGCUUUGUCCUGGUCUGUUGUGUACCUAGUGGCUUAUCCUGAGAUUCAAGAGAGACUGCAUGAAGAGCUGAAGGAGAAGGUUGGAAUGGACAAUACCCCACACCUGGUGGACAAAACCAACCUGAUAUACCUCGAGGCUUUCAUCAUGGAGAUCUUCCGUCAUUCCUCCUUCCUUCCUUUCACCAUCCCACACUGUACCACGAAAAACACAUCACUCAACGGAUACUUCAUUCCUAAAGACACGUGUGUCUUCAUUAACCAGUGGCAAAUCAACCACGACCCGGAGAUGUGGAAAGAGCCUUCCUUGUUCAACCCUGACCGUUUCCUCAGCGCUGAUGGCACCGAGCUCAACAAGAUGGAAGCCGAGAAGGUCAUGCUCUUCGGCCUGGGCAAACGCCGCUGCGUGGGCGAAGUCAUCGCCCGCUCCGAGGUCUUCCUCUUCCUCGCCAUCCUUAUCCAAAGAUUAAAGUUCAGCAGCAUGCCAGGGGAGAUGCCAGAUAUGACCCCGGAGUACGGCCUCACCAUGAAGCACAAGCGCUGCCUUUUGCGUGCCACGCCACGGCCUGGCUUCGAAGCUCCCUGCGUGGUGUGAGAGUCUGAAAUGAGCUGUAAAUUCAGUUGUUAAUUUCAGGGAUGUUAAUGAGAAUCCCUCAUAUUCCUGUGACACUGUGGUCAGUAUAGACACAGAGUGAGUUAGUACAGUGAGAGUUGUUCCAAUGCUGUGGCUGAAAAUUUCUGAUGCUUAUCAGUCUUAAAUGCAGAUCCACGUAUCCUCAGAGUGUAGUCAUCAAAUGCCAGAAGAACGAGACUGUUAAUCUUGUGAAAUUGACAUUAUAUCGGUAUAGACACUGUGUCCAUAUCUAGUAUUUUAAUUUGUAUCAUCUCAGAGUUGAGUUGUGGCUAAUUCCUGGUUGUACCUCAGGUACCUUGCUGCAGUGGGUAUAAAACAUAAACCUGAUUCUGUGUAACAUAUUUCAUUAUGAAUCAUGACCAAACCAUUCAGACGGCAUGGACAGAAUCAAAAGUACACUUUUAAGUGCGUUUUCUCUUAUAGUAAGCUAUAAUAGUUUGGAAACUAUGCAUUAUAUUUUUAAGCCCUUUUAGUACUACUGACUAUUUUUUUUUUUUUGGCUCUGAUAAAAUAUAUUAAGAGAAUUAUUUUAGUUUUUUUUUUUUUUUUUUUUUUUCAUGAACAAUAGCAUCAUCUGCUUGAAGUUAUUUUCAAAAAGAUAUUUAAGCUUGAUCCCAAAAUGUGAUCCAUACUUUCAUGUGCUGUAUUACUGAUAAAUUUCCAAUGUGCCUCAACUUCUGUUUGGAUACAAUGCUGAAGUUCUGUAUUGAGAUUAUUUAUCAAGGCCCUCAGAGAUAUUGCUUUCAAUAUAGAUAGAACUGAUAGGCCACUGUUUUUUCUCUGUGUUAGUGUUUUUGUGUGUGUGUGUAUGUGUGUGUGUGUGUGUGUGUGUGAGAGAGAGAGAGAGAGAGGUGUUUAUUGGAAAUAAUGAAGGAAGUGAAUUUAUAUAUAGGUGUAACUUUCUGAAGUAGUAAAAGAAAUUAAAAUCAUUACAGUAAUUAAGCCUUUUUGUACUCUGCUGUUGCAAUAUUUUGGCACAUUUAUAUUCACUGCUGAAAUAAAACUAAGAGACAAAAAAAAUAA